AAAGCCAAAAUAGUGGGUUAGUUGUUGAAGGGGACCACGAAGGGCAACCGAUUGACUUCUACGGUUACUUGUGCAAAGUUUGGGAAUUAACAUAUAUGUUCGGACAACAAGUCGUUUUGUUCCAAUGCGAAUGGUUCAACACUGGAAGUAAAAAAACUUUCUGCAUUGAUGCGCAUUGCACUAGCAUUGAUACAAGAAGUCGGUGGUACAAAGAUGAUUCUUUUGUACUACCGAGUCAAGUGCAGCAAGUAUUCUAUAUUAAUGACACUGCAGAGAGACGUGGCAAUUGGAAAGUUGUCCAAAGAUUCAAGCAUCGAGGACAAGUUCAAAAUCUCGGAUGAUUAUUAUGGCAAUCUAGUAGCUCAGCAAGCUGUCCAUAGAAAAUGCUACAAUAUUCACAGAAAUUGGAGGCACAAUAUGAAAUUGCAUUACAAGCAUGUUAAGAACGUCUUACAUGUAGAUCCUUAUAGUCAUCCAUACGAACAUGUGACUCAAGAGGAUUGGCGCCACUUAAUUGACGAUGUGUGGAAAAGUAAAGAACACAAGGUGAGAUCAAAAGCUGGCAAAAAGAAUAGGAAAAAGCUUGAGUACAAUCAUUGUUCAGGAUCUCGGUCAUUUGUUGCAACAAUGACUAUACAGCCGGAGUUUAAUGGUUCUGAAAACCUUAAAUUUCCAGAAUUCUAUAAGAAAACUCAUACCAAGAAGAACAAAGAGUGGAUUGAUCCUAUUUGCGCCGUGAAACAUUCAAAGAUGUUGAGCUUGCGAGAAGAAUCUUCCCAAUCCGGUGUGCAAUUAACAUCAGAGGAGAUGUCUAGGCAGGCACUUGGAAAAAGGAAGAGAUACAUUCUUGGAUUUGGGGAUGGGCCGAAGCCCUCUUCAUCUUCUUCCACACCUAGUCGUGUGUCACAAGACCAUGUUGGGGAGUUACAGAAACUUAAAGCUGAGAUGGAGGAGAUGAAGAUGGAGCGUGAGAUGGAGCGUGAGGAGCUGCGGAGGCAAUUGGAACAGGAGAGGAGAGAGCGAGAGGAAGAACAGAAGCAAAUUGCACAUCUUACAAGUUUGGUGACAGAGUUCUUAAAGGAAAAGACUCAAACGCAUAAGUCGUCUAUCCAUCAUGAUGGGGCCAUGUAUUCAACUGGUGGCACAAAUACUCGUUGGUAUGUAUUCUCAUUUAUAUUACGUAGGUUAUUUAGAGAUUUGGACCAAGUUAAGCGAAAUAUCAUUGUGAACUUAUACUUGAAUUUUAGUUUAUUAUUUUUCACAUGUGGUUAUUGAUUGUGUAUUCUUUUUUGCUUUCUCAGAUACAUGGUGGAGUUAUGAGCAUGUGAAUCUAGUUUUUGGUACAUGGAUAGCUUUUGUUCAGAUGAUCAUGGUGGAGUUGUUUACAAGCAGAAAUCAGUUUUUUGUUUAUUCAUAUUUUUAUCUACAUGAUGGUUGUUUGGAUGAAUUGCAAGAUCAGAUAUUUUGGAAUUUUUAAUUUACAUUUUGAUGUGUUUGGUGAUGAUUAUCACCUUAAUAUAUGGUAUGGAUGAAACAUUUUGAUGAAUGGUUAAUAGGUUUGCUUGA